UCCUUUCUUCUCAGGAUGUUCUAAACUUCUACCACCUUCUCUCCCUGCUCCCAAAAAUUCAAAUUCCCCUGUUUUCGCACACACCACACCGUUCGGUGGCUGAGAUGGCCGGAGAUUCUUUCCCCACGCAGCUGAUCGGCGGCGGCGGAGAAUUCAACGCGGCGGGUUUACGGAAUUUUGUCGACUCCAUUAAGUUUCAGGCAUGUGGACUGUCGUAUGCGAUCGUUGCCAUUAUGGGGCCCCAGAGCAGUGGGAAAAGCACUUUGUUGAAUCAUCUAUUUUGUACAAACUUCAGGGAGAUGGAUGCAUUCAUGGGAAGGAACCAGACGACAAAGGGAAUAUGGAUAGCGAAGGCUGUUGGCAUCGAGCCACUUACUAUUGUCAUGGACUUGGAGGGUACAGAUGGCAGAGAAAGGGGCGAGGAUGAUACAACAUUUGAGAAACAAAGUGCAUUAUUUGCUCUAGCGGUCGCUGACAUUGUCCUUAUAAACAUGUGGUGCCAUGAUAUUGGUCGGGAGCAAGCUGCCAAUAGGCCUCUUCUAAAAACUGUGUUUCAGGUUAUGAUGCGCUUAUUUAGUCCUCGUAAAACGACACUACUCUUUGUUAUACGUGACAAAACAAAGACCCCGUUCGAAUAUUUGGAGCCUAUCUUGAGAGAGGAUAUCCAGAAGAUAUGGGAAACAGUUUCCAAGCCCCAAGCAUACAAGGAAACUACUCUCAGUGAAUUUUUCAAUGUGCAAGUUAUUGCCUUGUCCAGUUAUGAGGAGAAGGAAGAAAAAUUCAAAGAAGAGGUUGCCCAACUUAAGCAGCAAUUUUUCUACUCAAUAUCUCCUGGAGGGCUUGCUGGUGAUAGACGGGGUGUUGUACCUGCUUCAGGAUUUUCUUUCAGUGCAGAGCAAAUAUGGAGAAUUAUCAAAGAAAAUAAGGACCUUGACCUUCCCGCUCACAAGGUCAUGGUUGCAACUGUGCGCUGUGAAGAGAUUGCCGAUGAGAAGUUCAGUAGCUUGGCAGCUGAUAAGGACUGGUUAGCGUUGGAACAAGCUGUACAGAAUGGUGCUAUUGCAGGCUUCGGAAAUAGUACAAGCUCAAUCUUGAAGAAAUAUCUUUCUGAAUAUGACGUGGAAACUAUAUAUUUUGAAGAUGAUGUAAGAAAAGCAAAACGCCAAUAUCUGGAAUCGAAGGCCUUGCAGUUGGUUUAUCCAUCGUUUAUUACCAUGUUGGGGCAUCUACGUACAAAUGCAUUUGAAAGCUUCAAAACUCAACUGGAAAAACUUGUGGGUAGAGGAGAACGUUUUGCUGCAUCUGUUCGUACAUGUCAGCAUUCGUCAAUGCUCGAGUUCGAUCGUGGAUGUUCAGAUGCUGCCAUAGAGCAAGCCAAUUGGGACACUUCUAAAGUGCAUGAAAAACUUCAACGUGAUAUUGAAGCUCAUGCAUCUCUUGUUCGUAGUGAGAAGUUGUCUGAAGUAUUAGCUGAGUAUGAGAAGCGACUUUCUGCAGCUCUCACCGAACCAUUAGAGUCCCUAUUUGAGGCUGGUGGGGCCGACACAUGGGCAUCUAUUAGGAAUCUUCUGAAACGCGAAAACGAUAUAGCUGCAUCUGCUUUCUCUUCUGCUAUAGCUGGUUAUGAAUUGGACCAUGCAACAGUCGAACACAUGGUGCUAAGUUUGAAAGGAUAUGGUGUACAGCUGGUGGAGAGGAAAUCAAGAGAGGAAGCUGGGAAAAUUCUUAUUCGCAUGAAGGAUAGAUUUGCUACUGUCUUCAACCAUGACGAGGAUUCGAUGCCGAGGGUUUGGACAGGAAAAGAAGACAUUAAAGCAAUUACUAAGGAGGCCCGACGUGAGUGUCUGAAGCUUUUGUCAACAGUUGUCAUAAUACGUUUGGACGACAGAAAGGAUAGUGUAGAAAAUGCUCUUUUUUCUGCACUCAUGGACAGAACAGACGUCAUCGAUUCCCAGAAAACGGGCAUUGGAAUUUCUCGAGAUGUUCUUGCUUCAAGCACAUGGGAAGAGGUCCCUCCAGAAAAGACGUUGAUCACACCAGUUCAAUGCAAAGCUUUGUGGAAACAGUUUAAGGCAGAAACUGAAUACACGGUCGCCCAGGCAAUUUCUGCACAGGAGGCAUGCAAGCGAGGUAGCAAUUGGUUACCUCCUCCGUGGGCAAUCGUUGCAAUGAUUAUUCUCGGGUUCAACGAAUUCAUGCUUAUUUUAAGGAAUCCUCUUUACCUCCUCGUACUGUUUGUUACAUUCCUGCUUGUGAAAGCCAUAUGGGUACAGAUAGAUAUUCCAGGAUUGUUCCGAAACGGCGCUUUUACCGGGCUUAUUGCCCUGUCAACAAGAUUCUUCCCAACCGUGAUGAACAUAUUAGGUCGAGUAGCUGCUGAAGAUAGACCACCUCAACAACUCGCUUCCUAGAGUUUCAGAAAUCGCAAGAAACAAUCUGAAUCAGAAUCGAGUUCAAUACUAGAUUCGUCCGCUUCAACUGUUUCAACUGAAAGUGGUUUGAAAUACUCGAGUGACGACUCCCCUCAGAUUAGAAAUAGACGAGUAAAACAUCUAGGAGAAAGGGGAAUUGCACGAUGAUAUAAAUUUAGAUUUGUAUAUAUUCACCUUUUGCCAUACUUGUGCUACGUACGUGUAUAUUCUGUAUAUGAGCUGAACCGAUGUUGCGGAAUUUGAUAGACACGUGACAUACGGUCACAACUGGCAUUGUAGAAAGAGUUAUUCACAAUAAAAAAAUAAAUAAAAUAAAAUAGUUCAUCG